AUAAUGGCAUAUAAUCUAUGAUUUGUUGUAUAUAUUGUGUAAUAACAACUCAUUUGACUGAAUGUUAAGAAAAUCCCAAAAUAUCUGUCAUUUGUCCGCAAUUUUUGCAUUGAUUUGUGUUUUUCGUUGAUUUCAAUACGAAAUGAGUGAAAAUACAAACAACGCGUCCACCGAUGGAUCAAAUGAGACCAAAGAAGAAGACGCGGCCGACGAGGAGACACGAGCGCAGGCAAAGCCAUCGGUUCCCAUCAAUCGGGAAGUGAUUCGCGAAGAUAUGGUGAAAACGGCCGUCAAUUUCCUAUUGAAUCCGCGGGUAAUCGACAGCCCUUUGCAUCAAAAGCGGACUUUCCUUCUGAGGAAAGGCCUGAGUCUAGAAGAGAUCGAUGCGGCCAUUGAUAGGUCCACACGUGUCCAUCACAGCCACACUCAGCUCUCGCCCGUCAUUCAGACCAAUGCGAUGCCAGUCGGCGGACCACCCAUUCAGCCGAUGCCCUCGUUUCUGGUCAGAAGCACUCACUUCGUGUCGACUGUCGCUCUCUUCGGGGGCUUUAUUUAUGGGGCGUUUGUCUUAUACAAGCGUUUCAUUGAACCAAUCAUUUUCGAGACCAAACGUAAACCGCAUCCAUAUGUGGCGAUUCAGCAACAGUUGGAUCAGUUGUCGAAAGCCAUGACUCUAUUGCAGACCAAUAUGUCGUCCAUUGAGACAAAUAUCAAACGACAAAUUGAAACAGAAUUGCGUUUAAUGAAAAACCCCGAAGACGUGACACUUCAC